CAGUGCGGGGGCUGAAAGAAGAGAAAGCGGGCUUGAGCUGUGUGGGGACCUUGGAGGAGCUGGGAAACAGCCUACUGCAGAGGUGAGCGGGAGCUGCUGGGCAGGGAAACUGGUUGCCCAGUUCAGGACGCAACCAAGUUCACUUAAAGAAAGGCAUGUCAUACCCUUCUCACCUCUGCCACCUCUCCUCUCCACUUAUAGUGCAGAUGAAAGGAGAAGCUGGAAGUGUGCUACACAAUGAGAAGCCAAAGCAGGAGGGACACAUCUGGGGCUCCAUGAGGAGGACAGCUUUCAUCCUGGGCUCUGGCCUUCUCCUGCUUGUGGCCCUCUGGAACUCAGUCACAUGGCAUCUUCAGAGAUUUUGGGGUGCUUCUGGCUACUUCUGGCAAGCCCAGUGGGAGAGGCUGCUGUCCACAUUCGAAGGGAAGGAGUGGCUCCUCUACAUUCUAGGUGCCACCCAAGUGCCCGCUCUGUUCUUCUGGACCUUCAGUGGGCUUCUACUGGUGGUUGACACAACUGGAAAGCCUAACUUCAUCUCCCGCUACCGAAUUCAGAUCGGCAAGAAUGACCCUGUGGACCCCGUGAAACUACACCAGUCUAUCCGCACAGUUCUCUUCAACCAGUUGGUGAUCUCUUUCCCCAUGCUGAGCUUGCUCUAUCCCAUCCUCAAACUGGGGGGAGACCCCUGCCGCCGAGAGCUACCCACCUUCCACUGGUUCCUCCUGGAGCUGGCAGUCUUCACGCUGAUUGAGGAAGUGCUGUUCUACUAUUCACACCGGCUCCUUCACCACCCAACACUCUACAAGAAAAUCCACAAGAAACACCACGAGUGGACAUCUCCCAUUGGUGUGAUCUCUCUCUAUGCCCAUCCUAUCGAGCAUGUGGUCUCCAACAUGCUGCCGGCGAUGGUGGGUCCCAUGGUAAUGGGUUCCCAUGUGUCCUCCAUCACCAUCUGGUUCUCUUUGGUCCUCAUCUUCACCAUCAUCUCCCACUGUGGCUACCACCUACCCUUCUUGCCUUCACCUGAAUUCCAUGACUACCACCAUCUCAAGUUCAACCAGUGCUUUGGGGUGCUGGGGGUGCUGGACCACCUGCACGGGACUGACACCAUGUUUAAGCAGACCAAGAACUAUGAGAGACACAUGAUUCUGCUGAGCUUCACUCCUCUCUCUCAGAGCAUCCCUGACCCCCCAAAAAAGAUGGACUAAGAUACGGCCCGAGUGCCAUCCUGGCCGUCUCCUCAGCGGAGGGCUGCAAACAUGGCCUGAGGCCUCCUGGUUGCACCUAACAACUUCCUCCUUCAGCCACAUGCUCUGAUGAUGACACCACAAGGGCAGGGGGAAGGUUAGCCUCCUGGAAAAGCAGGGCCAAGGAUGGUACCAUGGCUUCCCCAACUGUCCCUGUUAUCCAAAAGGGGACUAGGGCUUGGCAUAAGGAAGGAAAAAAUAUAGCUCCCCAGCAUGGAGGCCAGUCAGAGGGAAGAAGCCACUUUGACAGGGCUCCCGGGAACUGCCCCUGGUCUUCUGCUGGGGAAGGAGAGAGGGACACCAGAUGACUCCUUGGUGGCCCUGGCAGGACACAGAAUGACAAAGGUGGCAGGAGGCUGUGUGCUCCUCCUGGUGCCAGAAGGUGGGGGAACCAGAAGACACUGCUUUGCCCCUUCCUGUCCCUCAAAGCCUCUCAUACUUUAUGUAGGCCAGCGCCCGGACACCCUAGCAACGGUCCUGGGAUCAAGUCCCCACCGCCUCCCAACACACACACACAGACACACACACACAGACACACACACACACACACACACACACACAGUAAUAAAGACCCCACUUCAACUCUGCCCCAUGACAAUUAGACAUUACCUCUCUCUGAAAAGGAAAAUACCAAUCACAAGAGCUUCUCCCGGGAUUACUACUGAGAUAACAAAGACACAGAGACCAAACCCCAAUACCUUCAGCCACACGCAGAAACCAAAGGCCAAACCUUGUGGCCCUGCUCAGCUGGGGCCCUUUUAGCCACAGAGGGAAGGGUCAGACUUGCUGACCUUUGGGGACACCCAACUGAGGCCCCUUCCUAGCCUCUCUGAAGCAGGACCAAAGGGGCUAGAACCCUCUUCCUCCACUAAGAAGGCAAGAAAUACAUGGCUGAACAGAGGGCAAAAUCCUCAUUUCCCCCCAGAUGAUGAGCCAGUUGUGUCAGCACCAUUUUAACAGGAUGAUUUUAGCAGUGUUGCCUUUUCCAAGGAGACCUUAUCGUCUACAACAAAACCACAGAGCUGCCCAGGUGGAAGCAGUCCCCACCCUGGGUUUGCUCAGCAGCCCCCAGCAUUGCUGGGAACCCUGUGGCUCCCAAGAUCAAUGUGAAGACCACUCUGAUUUGCAAGGCCACCACUAUCAGUUCCCAGUCUCAUGUAUUCCUGAACUUUCAGUUCUCCUGUCCAGAAAACCGCCUGCUAUAGUUUUAUAAAAUACUUUAACAUCUGCUAAGGCCACAUGUCCAGAGAGAACUAUCAAAGAGGGCCUCUUGCUAUGUGCUCCAGAGGACCCCAGGAGACCAACCAGGCACUUACCAUGCAGCGUCCUCCUCGGGCCUGGGUGGGCCCUGCCCGCUCCCUGGGACCACGUGCCCUUAGCUUGUGUACACCUCCCGAUGCAUCAGUUGCUGUUCGUGCUCACAGGUGCUGGCCUGUACCCACAACCCGCCCUCAAAUAAAUAACUGGA